CCCUUGUGGAGAGCAGUCGAGGCUGUCCUUAGGCAAGCUCUCGAGCAGACGGCAAGGCCAGCAAAACAUGAGCUUUCUCUUUUCACCGUUGCUGCUUGGAGCACUACUGUCGAUUUUAGGUGUUGGUGCUCUAAGGCCUAAGAUCACGGAGGUCGAUAAGGCUGUUGUUGCCCGAAAAGGUUCCACUGUAACCUUGUUAUGCCUUGCCACGAGGGUAAACCGGCGUAAGACCGUAUUCUCCUGGGAAUUCAACGGACAAGAACUAAAAAGCAGUAAUAAGCCACACUAUUGGACGGCUGAAAGAAAAGGAAACAUUUCUCUAAACAUCAAGAAUGUUUCAGAUAAUGAUGUAGGUACUUACACGUGCAAAGUCUACAACUUACACGGGGCAAAGAUGCUUGAGGCGAAGGAGAAUAUAGAGCUGUCACUUCAGGAAGAAGUGCUAAAGGUCACGUCCACCCAGACAAACAUCACCCUCGACGAAGGAAGCACAACGAAUCUCCACUGCCGUGUAACUUCUUCAAAAGCUUUCAUUACGGACGUAUAUUGGCUUUUUAAUGGAAAAGUAGUGGCUAAACCUGAAGCCUUGCACCACAAAGUAAAUGGUGUGUCAUUGGCAAAUGAAGUGGAACGACUCAGCUAUUCACUUGAACUGAAACAUGUAACCCUUGCAAAAAGUGGAAUCUACACGUGUAGCGCUAACUCCACUAUUGGUUUACAAAAACACGACAUAGCAGUGAGUGUACAUCGUACAAAUGGUCCAGAUUUACUUCUCAUAAAGAAAACUAAACGGUAUGUUGAAAUUGUAGAGGGUACAAAUGUUACGUUAAGUUGCCUCGGAAUUUACCCAGACGCAUCGUUCGAUCACGCCUCCUGGCUUUUUAAUGGCAGCCAAAUAAAAACUAACAAGCACUUCAAAGUAAACAACGGUUUCGUUGAGAAAAAAGGAAAUAUUAAAAGGAAACUUCUCAGCUUGACAAUGUACAAUGCUGGACUUGAAGAUAGUGGAAACUACGCGUGCGUGCUCAACACUUCGCAUGGCUUGCAGAGAAAAAACAUCAAGGUUUAUGUGACAUUUUUUCAGGCGCCUAACGUCACUUCCACCCAGACAAACAUCACACUCGGCGAAGGUAGCACAACGACCCUCGAUUGCAGUGUAAUCUUUUCGGAAGCUUUCCCUAUGGUCGUAUACUGGCUUUUUAAUGGAAAAAUUCUGACUAAACCUAAAGCCUUUCACCACGAAGUAAGUGGUGUGUCAUUGGUUAAUAAAGUUAAACGAUACAGCUUUCCACUAGAACUGAAACACGUAACCCUUGCACAAAGUGGAAUCUACACUUGUGGUGCUAACUUCACCACUGGUUUACAAACACACGACAUAGCAGUGAGUGUAAAUCGCACACAAGGUCCACAUUUACAACUCAGAAAGAAAACUAAACCGUAUGUUGAAAUUACAAACGGUACAAAUGUUACGUUAAGUUGCCUCGGAAUUUACCCGGCAGCAUCGUUCGACGACGCUUUCUGGCUUUUUAAUGGCAGCCAAAUAAAAAGUAACAAGUACUUCGAAGUAAACAAUGGUUUCGUGGAGACAAAAGAAGAAAAUAUCAAAAGGAAACUUCUCAGCUUAACAAUAUACAAUGCUCAACUUGAAGAUAGUGGAAACUACUCGUGCGUGCUCAACACUUCCCAUGGCUUGCGGAGAAAACACAUCAAGGUUAAUGUGACAUUUUCUCGGGUAUUGACACCGGAGCCCCCAGAAUAUGUAUUGCAAGGAGACAAGCACUUUAAGCAAGUACUAUACAUAUCUCUGGGAUUGUUCACUGGAGUGGUAACUACCAUAGGAAUUUUGGUCAAGUUGUGGUAUCAAAGAGGACCUAAACUUCCACCAUCGAUAAAACCUUGUCCGGAUGAAGAACUAAUCUUCAAAUAUGACGUCUUUGUCACCUACAGCCGGAGAGACUCUGAGUGGGUGAAUAGCGAGCUACUGAGCUUGUUGAGUAAAAACCAGGUCAACUAUUGCAUCGACAAGUUGCAUUUUAAACUUGGCCAUCCCAUUUUAAAUUCCAUCACCGAUAGUGUGUACCAAAGCCGUUACGUGUUGGCAGUGUGGUCGCGAAGUUAUGCAGCCAGCAAAUUCUGCAAGCAAGAGCUCGACUACGCCUUACAGAAGAGUUUUCACUGCAGUGAUUACUCAGUAAUAUUGAUCGGUCUUGAAUCGAUAAAUCCCAAAACAUUACCGAAACCAUUACGAGCGAGAACGUUUCUUAACUAUUCCGACAGUGUGGAUAGAGAAGGCUGGGAAAAACGGCUCAUAAAGCAUCUUAAAGGAUCCGCAAAUAACAAGUUCGCGCAUGUGUUGGGAACUGUUGUUUGACUGCAGCGUGCAUCGCUUUAUGUCACUCAGACAUUUUUUAUUUGUCAGUCUUUCCUUUCUAGUGUUUUACUUUCUUUAGAAAGAUGUACUUUGUUGUUUCCUUCACAAUGAAGGUGACUAUACAUUUCAUUACAAACGACUCAAGAUACUUUAUAUCUGCCGAGGUUAGGUUUGGUUCAUUGGUUCAUUGGUUCAUUUAUUUCAGACUAUUUACAUGAAAUUAACUUAGAUAGAAAAGUAAAGUUGCAACAAAUGAUU